AUGAGGCUCCCCCUGCCCAGGCUCGGUGUCCCGGGCCGCGCCGCCCACUGGCUGCUGCUCCUGGCCGGGCUGAUCUUCCUCCUGUUCACGCUGGCCGCCCUGGUGAAGGAGCCGAGCACGAAGCCCACCAGGGAGGCCAUGAGCCACACGGAAGCCACGGGCCACACAGAGGCCAUGGGCCACACGGAGGCCACGGGCCACAAAAAGGCCACGGGCCACACAGAGGCCAUGGGCCACAUGGAGGCCACGGGUCACACAGAGGCCACGGGCCACAAAGAGGCUGGAGGCCACAGGGAGGCCACGGGGCACAUCGCGGCCAGAGCGCCCGGCACAGCCAGGACAGCACUGUUGAGGAGUCAGGGCACCACGGUGGGCACGCCGUCCCCGCACAGUCGGGCUGGGGGCCUGGCCCCCCCUGGGACAGGGGCACCGCGGGUUCUGGGUGCGAGGACAAGCGGAGGGAGGAGGGACAGGAACGAGACGGCCAGGGCCGCGGGGACAGCACCGGCGCAGCCCCGGGCACCCCCGGCAGGGACGCCCGUGCCGCACAGCCGGGCCGAGGUGCUGACCCCCCUGGGAGCGGGGUCACCCGCGAGGAAAACCAAAGGCGUGACCCCAGCGAGGGCCGCCCCACGCGCCACCCCCUCCCGCAGCCCUGCCCAUAGGGUCACCACCUCCGGGCUGCGGGCCACCAACUUCAAGGCCGAGCCCAAGUGGGACUUUGAGGAGCAGUACAACAUGGACGGGGGCAGCCUGCACACGAGCUGCCCGGACUCGGUGAAGGUGCGAGCCGCCAAGUCGCCCUGGCUGCAGCGCCUCUUCCUGCCCAACCUCACCCUCUUCCUGGACGCCCGGCACGUCAGCCCCAGCGAGUGGGCGCGCCUGGAGCACUUCGUGCCGCCCUUCGGCUUCAUGGAGCUCAACCGCUCCCUGGUGCAGGAGGUGGUGUCCCGCUUCCCUCCGGUGGCCCAGCAGCAGCUGCUCCUGGCCGGCCUCCCUGCCGGCAGCACCCAGUGCGUCAGCUGCGCCGUGGUGGGCAACGGGGGCAUCCUGAACAACUCCCACGUGGGCGAGGAGAUCGACCGCCACGACUACGUGUUCCGGCUGAGCGGCGCCCUCACCAAGGGCUACGAGCAGGACGUGGGCACGCGGACCUCCUUCUACGGCUUCACCGCCUUCUCCCUGACGCAGUCCCUGUACCUGCUGGGCGGCCGCGGCUUCCUGCACGCGCCGCUGGGGGAGGACGUCCGGUACCUGCACUUCCUGGAAGGCUCCCGGGACUACGAGUGGCUGGAGGCGCUGCUCCUGAACCAGACGUACAAGACCGGCAACCUCUUCGGGUUCAGGCACAGGCCGCAGGUGGCCUUCCGGGAGGCGCUGCGGCUGGACCGGUACCUGCUGCUGCACCCGGACCUGCUUCGCUACAUGAAGAACAGGUUCCUGCGGUCCCGCACCCUGGACACGGCGCGCUGGCGGAUCUACCGGCCCACCACGGGCGCCCUGCUGCUGCUCACCGCCCUGCAGCUCUGCGACCAGGUGAGCGCCUACGGCUUCAUCACGGCCGGCCACGAGCGCUUCUCCGACCACUACUACGACCGGGCGUGGAGGAGGACCGUCUUCUACCUCAACCACGACUUCGGCCUGGAGAGGGCGCUCUGGAAGCGGCUGCACGACGAGGGCAUCAUCCGGCUGUACCAGCGCCCCGAGGCGCCCCCGCCGAGGGGCUGA